AUGUGGACAAUUUAUUAACGGGUGAAAUAAUCUCCCGCUAAGUAACUAGCGACUGUCGAGCAAGCCGGUGUCAAAGAAAUACACAUUUUUUUUAACAAUGGAGCGAUGAACAUAUGUAGCGUUUGAACUAAACAAUUUUUAAAAUUUGUUAGAUCUGGAAUAAAAAUAAAUAAGCGAUCAACAAUGAUGUCGGAAUGCGAACCAAACGAGACCGAUCCGGUGGUGGCGGAUGACAUAGCCCCGGUAGCCGCCGCUGCUGCUGCUUCUACCACGGAUCUCAACUUUCGGUCACAGGAGCCACUGUCGACGUUGUUCGAUAGGAACACAGUCGGGUCUGGGACAAACCCGGGGGUCGCGAUUCGGAUCUCGGGUUCGUGUGAAAGUGUUCUUACCGAAUUGGAGACGGACGGUUCUGGGGAAGAGACUCUGUUGUUACCGUGUUUAUCCGGAGGCACGUCGUCACCUCGGGGCGAGAGGCAGAAGAGGACGAGGCGGAACCGACGGAGUUCAUCGUCGGAUAAAGAUAACCUUACCUCGCCAGGUAACAGUAGUGGAGACUUUAACCAUUUCCCCGGUGACCCAGAGUUUGGUGACAUCAUUCAGAGGGCGGAGCAGGCCAUCGAGGGCGGAGUCUUCCCAGAGAGAAUCUCUCAGGGUUCUAGCGGGAGUUACUUCGUUAAAGACUCCAAAGGGAAAAUCCUCGGUGUUUUUAAACCAAAGUCUGAAGAGCCUUACGGUCACCUCAACCCUAAAUGGACCAAAUACUUUCACAAGCUGUGCUGUCCGUGUUGUUUUGGCCGUGGCUGCCUGAUCCCCAACCAGGGCUAUCUCUCAGAGGUUGCUGCCUCCCUCGUUGAUACCAGACUAGGACUGGGGGUGGUCCCCAAAACCAAGGCUGUGUAUCUAGUCAGUGAGACAUUUCACUACAACACUAUCGACAGGGCCAAGUCCAGAGGGAAGAAAUACGCCCUGGAGAUGGUUCCCAAAGUGGGACGACACUUCCACAGAGUGGGCCUGCCCCCCAAGCUUGGUUCGUUCCAGCUGUUCGUGGAAGGGUACCAUGAGGCUGACUAUUGGCUGAGACGUUUUGAGGCGGAGCCUCUCCCAGAGAACAUCAGGAAACAGCUCCAGUCUCAGUUUGAGAGGCUCGUCAUUCUGGACUACGUCAUCAGAAACACAGACCGAGGGAAUGACAACUGGUUGAUCAAGUAUGAGAAGCCAGGGGAAGGAGAGGGAGAGAAGGCCAUCCAGAUAGCAGCUAUAGACAACGGCCUGGCCUUCCCCUUCAAACACCCUGACGAGUGGAGAGCCUACCCGUUCCAUUGGGCCUGUCUGCCCCAGGCUAAAGUGCCCUUCUCCCAGGAGACCAGAGAGCUGGUGCUGUCCCGUCUGUCAGACAUGAACUUCGUUCAGGACCUCUGUGAAGACCUCUACGAACUGUUUAUGGCAGAUAAAGGUUUUGACAAGACCAUGUUUGAAAGGCAGAUGUCAGUCAUGAGAGGACAGAUCUUAAACCUGAGCAGGCGUUGA